GCUACAAGAAAUUCGAUUUCCUCGAAAAUAUAUGAAAGGGAUCCACAUGUCGCUCCCAUUCUCUCUCCUUUCCCGCUUUAACUCGUCGGAAAAUGUCGCUCCGAUUAUCUGCAACUCCAAUUCGAUUCGAUCCCAACCGAGCGAUGUCAAUCCCUGCGAGGCCCAAUCUGCGUCGGCUUCCCCUUCUUCCUCUUCUUCCUCAUUCUCAAGCAGGACUUGAUCGGGAGCUCUCUCGUCGGCUCUUCAUCCUCGGCAUCGGCUAUGUCGGCCGAUUCUUCGCGCUGCACAUGAAGGACCAGGGAUGGGCUGUUUCGGGGACUUGCAGGAGCCUGGUGAAGAAGAAGCAGCUUGAAGAGGAGGGUCUGGAUGUGCACGUUCUGGACGCGAAUGAACCAGAGUUGAGUACUCUGGACAUUUUGAAAGAUUACACACACCUUCUUGUUUCUAUACCCCCCGUGGGCAUUGGCGAUCCGAUGCUACAACACCGAGAAUUUCUCAAGCGUGUGCUGAGAGAUGGAAGUCUGCAAUGGCUGUGUUAUUUGUCAUCUACUAGUGUAUAUGGAGAUUAUGGUGGUGCAUGGGUGGAUGAGGAUUAUCCAGCGAAUCCUUCAACUGAGUUGGCUAGAUUGAGGUUACGUGCUGAGGAGGGAUGGCUAGAUAUAGGCCACAAUCUUGGAAUUUCUUCCCUGGUACUCCGACUUGGAGGCAUAUAUGGCCCAGGAAGAAGUGCCCUUGAUACAAUAAUUAGCAAGAAACCUUUGUCGGACAGUCAGAAAAUGAGAUUUUCAAGGCAUUACACAUCCAGAGUUCAUGUUGAUGACAUUUGUCAAGCACUCAGAGCUGGUAUUUAUGUGCCAUCUUCAAGCAAUAUAUACAAUGUCGUCGAUGAUGAUCCAGCACCUAGGGAAGAAGUAUUCGAGUAUGCAGAGGACUUGGUGAAGAAAAGGCUUUCUGGCUGGUUUCAAGAGGACAAGUGUCCUGAUCGAACAGAGUCAACGAUACAGAAAGUGAGUAAAAGGGAUGAGAAGCGAGUUCUGAACACUCGUUUGAAGCAAGAGCUAGGGCUUAGCCUUCUUCAUCCAAGUUAUAAAUCGGGGCUGCGGAGCAUUAUUGAGCAGAUGGAUGUGGAUUCUGGGUAGUUAGCUAGGCGAACCAGUCUCAAAGUGUUCAGGCAUUUGCCAACCUCAACAGCUUGAUGUUCUUGUUGUCAUUCUGUAGAUCUCCCUAUGGGGAUUUUUUAAGAAUGUGGAACGGCACUGCAGGAUUGGCCACCAAGCAUUGGGGUUUUUUCACGAAGGGAGACUUAUAUGGUCACCCUGAUGCUAUCAUGCGCAGUUGACUGAGGCAGAUUAAUCUUCAAAG